UAUACGAGAAAAAAAAUCAUCAUGUGUGACGACGAUGUUGCCGCUCUUGUCAUCGACAACGGAUCCGGUAUGGUGAAGGCCGGAUUCGCCGGAGACGAUGCCCCAAGGGCUGUCUUCCCAUCCAUCGUUGGCAGGCCCCGUCACCAGGGUGUCAUGGUCGGUAUGGGACAGAAGGACAGCUACGUCGGAGACGAGGCCCAGAGCAAGAGAGGUAUCCUCACCCUGAAGUACCCCAUCGAGCACGGUAUCGUCACCAACUGGGACGAUAUGGAGAAGAUCUGGCAUCACACCUUCUACAAUGAACUCCGUGUUGCCCCAGAGGAGCAUCCCGUCCUCCUUACCGAGGCUCCCCUCAACCCCAAGGCCAACAGGGAAAAGAUGACACAGAUCAUGUUUGAGACCUUCAACUCACCCGCCAUGUACGUCGCCAUCCAGGCCGUACUUUCACUCUACGCCUCUGGUCGUACCACUGGUAUCGUUUUCGACUCUGGUGAUGGUGUUUCCCACACCGUGCCCAUCUACGAGGGUUACGCCCUCCCCCAUGCCAUCCUCCGUCUGGACUUGGCUGGACGUGAUCUCACCGACUACCUGAUGAAGAUCCUCACCGAGCGUGGCUACUCUUUCACCACUACUGCUGAACGUGAAAUCGUUCGUGACAUCAAGGAGAAGCUCUGCUACGUCGCCCUUGAUUUCGAGCAGGAGAUGCAGACUGCUGCCUCAUCCUCCUCCCUCGAGAAGAGCUACGAGCUUCCCGACGGACAGGUCAUCACCAUCGGCAACGAGCGAUUCCGUGCCCCUGAGUCACUCUACCAGCCAUCCUUCCUUGGAAUGGAAUCAUCAGGAAUCCAUGAAACCACCUACAACAGCAUCAUGAAGUGCGAUGUUGACAUCCGUAAGGAUCUGUACGCCAACACUGUUCUUUCUGGAGGCUCCACCAUGUUCCCAGGAAUCGCCGACAGGAUGCAAAAGGAGAUAACCGCCCUUGCUCCACCAACCAUGAAAAUCAAGAUCAUCGCUCCUCCCGAGAGGAAAUACUCUGUAUGGAUCGGAGGCUCCAUCCUUGCUUCUCUCUCAACAUUCCAACAGAUGUGGAUCAGCAAGCAGGAAUACGACGAGUCUGGCCCAUCCAUUGUCCACAGGAAGUGCUUCUAAACUACUCAACCGUACUUGGUGAACAAACACUCGAACAUUACCAUUUUCAGUGUGAGAAAUCUUGGGAGAUAGAAGAGACUUCCAUCUCCAUGAGAUCAUUGUUUUGUCUUUGAUGGUUCAUCUAGUUGUCACAGUAAAUUCAAUAGAAGGACAACCAAACCGAUGCAUUCUUAAAAGUUCGAUACUGCCAAGAAAAGAAAUUGGUUUGAGGCGAGUUAACCAGGAAGAUAUUCAUUUGUUUCCCAUUUUCAUGAAAAUUGUGCAUUUUUCUUUUUGGUGGGUAAAUUUUUGGAACAUUCUCCCUACCAAAUUUGCAAACAUUUAGGCCUAGUAUUUAUUUUUGUUCUACCUGAAUGCCGAAAUCCUGCCAAAGUAAACUUGGGGUAUUUUAUCACUUUGAAAGUUACACUUUUAACCCUUUCAUUUUGUUCUGUUCAGUUUGUUUCACGCCGCCAAAUUGAUUGUAUAUAUAUUAUUUCACAUGAACAAAAAAGUUUGAAAAACAUGGAUUCUGUAAAUAAAUUUAUACAUAUGCUGGUAA